CAUUAUUGUUCUUCAAUCAUGCAUAAUCUUUCUCUCCCUCUUGCUCUCCUAGUCUUUCUAUCAAUUUCGUCCAAUAUAAACGCUAAGCUCCCAAAAGGUUUCAGCAUUGACCUCAUUCAUCGUGACUCACCAUUAUCACCCCUUUACAACUCUUCCAUGACCCAGUCGCAACUCGUCCAAAACGCUGCGUUGCGUUCCAUGGCUCGAGUGAAUCGUUUUCGCCAACCUUCCCACAAUAUAGCCGAAAUAAGUGAGCUGGCUCAAACUGAUAUAAUUCCAAACUAUGGAAACUACCUCAUGAAGAUCUUCAUUGGAACCCCACCUGUAGAGAGAUGGAGUAUUGCAGACACAGGAAGCGAUCUCAUUUGGGUUCAAUGCUCACCUUGUCCCAAAUGCUACCAUCAAGAUGUCUCCUUGUUUGAUCCAACAAAAUCUUCCACCUACAAGUCUGAGACUUGUGGCUCAAGAAACUGUGCUCUUCUCCCUCAGGGCCAACAUAAAUGCGGAAACUCGAGUCAGUGUUUGUACCUUUAUUUAUAUGGAGAUCGGUCUUACACGGUGGGAUAUUUGGCUACAGAAUCAAUUAAUUUUGGUACUAGUGAUGGCCAAUCUGUUGCGUUCCCUAAGUCUGUAUUUGGAUGUGGGCAUUACGAUGAUGGGACGUUCAAUAGCCACGUGGCAGGACUUGUUGGACUAGGUAAUGGUCCUUUGUCCUUAGUUUCACAACUUGGUCAUCAGAUUGGUCGCAAAUUCUCGUACUGUUUGCCUCCUUUAGAUGUGAAGGCCCCGACUAAGUUGAGAUUUGGAGAAGAAGCCACCAUAUCAGCAAAUGGAGUUGUGUCCACUCCCAUGAUCACCAACCCUAAUAAUCCGACCAUUUACUACCUCACUCUUGAAGGUAUCACCGUUGGACAACAAAAACUGGAGAUUGAUCAAAGCAAUAGAAACAUAGUGAUUGAUUCAGGGACGACUUUGACACUUCUUCCAUCAAGCAUUUAUGAGCAGGUUGAAGCAUUGAUGAAGAAAGCCAUUGGAGCCGACCAAUGGAUAGUUCAAAACUCAAAACUUAACUUGUGUUACAAAAAUGCUAACUCUAUCAAAAAUUUUCCAAACUUCGAGGUUCAUUUUACAGGAGCAAACAUUUCCUUAAAACCACAGAACUUGUUCCUUCUCGUGACCAACGAUGUGAUCUGCUUUGCCAUGUCUCCCACAAAUGAAAAUUCCAUUUACGGAAACGUGGCUCAGAUUGACUUUGACGUGGAGUAUGAUCUUGAUCAGAGAAAAAUUUCUUUUGCACCCGUGGAUUGUACUAAACAAUAGAGACCUGAAGUAAUUGCAGUACAAUCAAUCAUAUAUUUAAUGAAUAAUAUGUACUUGCUGAGAUGCAGCAGCUCGAAUGGAUUAUAAGCAUUGUAAACCCUAGUUUUUCUCAGCUACACACGCGCGCACCUUUGUAUAAGUUGUGUUUUUGGACGUGUCUGAAUGGAUAUAUA